GCCGCGCCCUGUUCCUUCAGCGGUUGCAAACAGGUCACCGGACGGACUGACGAGAAAACUCUCAGUAGAAAGCCUGAUGUAGUACAGAGUAUAUCAGGUCCCAUAAAGCCCAUUGAAAUCAGUUGUGAAUUCAGAUACCUUGUCCUCCUCCUCCGACUCGGAGUCCUCUCUUCAAACACCUACUGCUACAGAGGUUGAACAUCCUUUGACGGAACAUGCCUACCUUACGUCUUGAUCUAGACUCCAGCUUGGGUGGAGUGUUCAUUGGGGGAUUGUUCUCCGUCAUGUUUUACGGGUUUGCAUGCGCUCAGAUCGUGCAUUACUGUCGAUAUUACCUGCAACGGGACACACCACUCGUGAAAGCUCUCGUUCUCUCAAUAUGGAUACUUGACACAGCCAUUACUGUGUCCGAUAUAAGCAUCCUGUGGGCCUUCAUCGUCCAAGGCCAUGGCAACCCGUUUGCCCUAUCCGUUUUCUCGAAAAUGUAUGAGCUGGAAUACGCAACUACCGCCGUGCUCAUAUUCAUGGUACAAAUCUUCUAUAUCCACGGCAUAUGGCAGUUGCUCGGGCAAAUGUGUUCCAGUUCGCUCAAAUGGGCAGCUACUUCACUUCCAAUGACGCUUUCCCUCGUGUCUGUCGUAUCUGCCAUGGUCGGUAUAUAUGUCGAUUCGAAACAUGGAUGGACAAUCUCGCAGACUCUCCCUGCAUCUAGAGCUCCAACUGCGAUCAGAGUCUGUGCAGCUGCGGUGGCGGACGUCUACCUCUGUAUCGCCCUUACGUUGGCGUUGCGUAACAGGAUGACGGGAUUCAAGCACACGGACAGUCUGAUUCAAACACUCACUGCAUACGUCGUCAAUCGCGGGAUACUUACGACUACAAUGCAGAUCGUACUCCUCGGAACGUAUAUGAGCUCCAUCAAGCAUAACGGACUAAUUUGGGCCAUAUUUCACUGCGCAGGAGCCAAGGUCUACUCCACUUCGAUGUUGGCUGUGUGAGCAAAAGCCAUCAGAGCAUAUGCAUGCCAUACAUGUGUGUAGUGACUAACAUCCUAAUGCAGUUUGAACGCGCGUCGGCACCUGACAAGCGGAAUAUCGCAUUUGUCUGGAUUCGCAGAAGGCGCGAGUUGAACAUUGAACCGCAGCGUGAGGACAUCGGAAUACAACCUCGCUGGAUAGGAUUCGGAAGUAGAACCGUAGUCGUUGAUUAGCAUUGUACUUAUUGUCAAUAACAGCAGGAUGAAGAGGACGUCGAGUCUGAG